AUGGCGUCACCCGCCCGCGCCGCGCCAUGGCGUCACCCGCCCGCGCCGCGCCACGGCGUCACCCGCCCGCGCCGCGCCAUGGCGUCACCCGCCCGCGCCGCGCCAUGGCGUCACCCGCCCGCGACCGCGCCGCGCUGGCGUCACGCGGGCCGCGCCCCCGGCUCGCGCGCAGCCCCGCCCCCCGCCCCCGCGCGCCGCUCCUCCCGGGGAGCCAAGCCUCCGCGGGGCGCUGCGGGGCUCCGCCGGCACCGGCAGCCUGCGGGCAGCCGCCGCGCCGCGCCCCGGCUGUGUCCCCGACCCUGGCUGGCUGCAACCACCCUGCAGACCAACGUCUUGGAAGUGCAGCUGCCCCACUCUGCCCACCCCCACCCCUCGGUGGUGGCUGCCACCCGUGCACCUGUGGGUGCUGUGAUGGGUGCUCACCAGCUGCAGACUCCAUGGCUCAGCCAAGCCCUGGCCGUCUCUUGUCUCGCCCCCGAGCAGCGGCGGCUGUCCGACGAGAUCGACAAGCUCCGCCUGGAGGUCGAUCAGCUCAAGACCAGGAGCGGCAGCUUCGUGGAGCAUGCAAGGUCCCACGUGGGCAGUGCCACCGAGCUGCGCUUCCCCCUGGUCCAUGGCCCUGCAGAGCCCUUCGGGGCCGGCCCGGGGCUGCCGCGGGCACAGAAGGGAAGGUUCGGAGCCCGCCGCGAGGAGAGCGCCAAGGAGUGGGAGCAGCCCCAGGCCGGCAGCGUGCUGGGCUCCGGGCCCCACGCCUUCGACAGCGACCCGGAGAUCUCGGACGUGGAGGAGGACGACCGCGAGACGCUCUUCGGCUCCGUGGAUGUGCUCUCCCCUGGGGGGCACUCCGAUGCCCAGACCCUGGCCAUGAUGCUGCAGGAGCAGCUGGAUGCCAUCAACGAGGAGAUCAGGAUGAUCCAAGAGGAGAAGGAGUCGACGGAGCUCCGUGCGGAGGAGCUGGAGACGCGGGUGACGAGCGGCAGCAUGGAGGGGCUCAACCUGACCCAGCUCUGCAAGAGGGCUUCCAUCCCCACCUCGCUGACCGCCCUGUCGCUGGCCAGCUCGUCCCCGCCGCUCAGCGGCCGCUCCACCCCCAAGCUGACCUCCCGCAGCGCCGCGCAGGACCUGGACCGCAUGGGCAUCAUGACGCUGCCCAGCGACUUGAGGAAGCACCGGAGGAAACUGCUAUCGCCUGCAGCUCGGGAGGAGAGCCGGGAAGACAAAGCCACCAUCAAGUGCGAGACCUCCCCCCCCUCCUCGCCCCGCACCCUGCGCCUGGAGAAGCUGGGACACCCUGCCCUCAGCCAGGAGGAGGGCAAGGGCUCCCUGGAGGAGCAGGCCAGCAGCACCAGCAGCCAGGACUCCCUGCACAAGGGCUCCAAGCGGAAGGGGAUCAAGUCCUCCAUCGGGCGCCUGUUCGGCAAGAAGGAGAAGGGGCGCCUGAUCCAGCUGAGCAGAGAGGGAGCCACGGGGCAGGUGCUGCUGACUGAGGUGGAGGUGGGCAUGCAGGACCCGCUGGGCCUGGGCAAGCUGGGCGCUCAGGCGGAGAAGGAUCGGCGCCUGCGCAAGAAGCACGAACUGCUGGAAGAGGCUCGGAGGAAAGGCUUGCCCUUUGCCCACUGGGAUGGCCCCACCGUGGUCUCCUGGCUGGAGCUGUGGGUGGGGAUGCCAGCCUGGUACGUGGCUGCCUGCCGAGCCAACGUGAAGAGCGGAGCCAUCAUGUCAGCGCUGUCCGACACCGAGAUCCAGCGGGAGAUCGGCAUCAGCAACGCCCUGCACCGCCUGAAGCUGCGCCUGGCCAUCCAGGAGAUGGUGUCCCUCACCAGCCCCUCCGCGCCGCCCACCUCCCGCACGUCCUCUGGCAACGUCUGGGUCACCCACGAGGAGAUGGAGACCAUGGCCACCUCCACCAAGACGGACACAGAGGAGGGCAGCUGGGCACAGACCCUGGCCUACGGGGACAUGAACCAUGAGUGGAUCGGCAACGAGUGGCUGCCCAGCCUGGGGCUGCCGCAGUACCGCAGCUACUUCAUGGAGUGCCUGGUGGACGCCAGGAUGCUCGACCACCUCACCAAGAAGGACCUCAGGGUGCACCUCAAGAUGGUAGACAGCUUCCACCGCACCAGCCUGCAGUAUGGCAUCAUGUGCCUGAAGAGGCUCAACUACGACCGCAAGGAGCUGGAGCGCAGGCGAGAGGAGACCCAGCACGAGCUCAAAGACGUGCUGGUGUGGACCAACGACCAGGUGAUCCACUGGAUCCAGUCGGUGGGGCUGCGGGAGUACGCCAACAACCUGGCGGAGAGCGGCGUCCACGGCGCCCUGCUGGCCCUCGACGACAACUUCGACCACAACAGCCUGGCCCUGGUGCUGCAGAUCCCCACCCAGAACACCCAGGCUCGCCAGGUGCUGGAGCGGGAGUUCAACAACCUGCUGGCCCUGGGCACCGAUCGCCGCCUGGACGACGGGGACGAGAAGAGCUUCCGUCGGACGCCGUCGUGGCGCAAGCGCUUCCGCCCGCGGGACCUGCACAGCAUCACGCUGCUGAGCGGCUCGGCCGAGACCCUGCCCGCCGGCUUCCGCGUCACCAGCAUGGUGCCCCUGCCCCCCCCGCCCGCCCCCGCCAAGAAGAUGCCCCCAGAAGUCGGUGCCUCUGGGUCGCCAAGGUUGGAGAGCUCCACAGUCCGGACCUACUCCUGCUGAGGGUCAGCCUGAGGGGAGCCAGCCCAGCCCUGGCACUUCCCCACUGUCCCUACGGCCAGGUGCUGGCUGCCUUUCAGGACAAGAGCCCAGGGCCUGCUCCUCUUCCUCAGCACAGACCAACAGAGGCUGCAGUCUCACUGCUGGGGACCACAAAGGAUCUUCUCCCUCCCACUCAUGCACCCCACAGCUUCCCUGGCUCCCCACAGCUUGGCUCCCACCUGUCCCUGCUAGGGAUGGGCCAUGGAUGCUGCCAUCCACCCCUGUGGUGCCCUCCACGCCUGGCAGCAGGGACACCCCCGAGGUGGGCUGCCAGCUUUGGAACCCUUUCUGCUGCCUGGUUCACGUUGCCAAGGCUCCCUGGGCUGCUGCACUGACUCACCUGAGCCCUGGGCAGCAGGGCUGCUGCUGCCCACGGGACUUGAAGCCAAGGAAGGUUCAGCCUCACCAAGAUCCUCGUGCUGGGGGGCGCUGGGCAAGGGGCUGCCCUCAGGGCCAGUGCCAGGGCCGGUGCUGCAGGGGCUGGAGCAGGAGCCAGCCCCUGGGGGGGUGAGGCAGCUCUGUCUGCAAGGGGCAGGCAGCCAGGGUGCUGCUUUCUGGGCUGCUGCCAGGUGCCCCCCAGCAGGGAGGCUGCCCCUGGGCUGCGUGGGGAAGGGCUGGGCCUGC